AAUCGCGCGCCAACUUUGCGGGCAGCGUUCCGUGCUCGAAUAUGACUGUAGAAUUUGUGCGUUUCGUGGAAUCUUCGAAAAGUUGACGCAAUCUUUACUUCCUUGUGUCACAUUCGUCCGACUACUUUCGCAAGUUGAGGUAUGGCUGAAGGGCGGCGGUCGUCAAGGUCCCACAAGACUGUCAACUAUGCAAAACUGGACUAUGGGAGCGAGGAAGAUGACGACUUCAAGCCCACCGAGGCACCGCCGUCUAAGCGCCCCAAGCCUGCUGUCAAGGAGGCACCCAAGAAAGCCGAGAAGAAAACCAAGCCUGACAGCGAUGCAAGCUCUAGCACUGUCAGCCAGAAGCAGAAGACAGGGCGAGCAUCUCUGGAUGAGAAGCUCUUCCAGCGAGACCUGGAAGCGGCUCUGCGUCUAUCACAGAAUGGAUCAGCUUCAGAAGGCCAGUGUCAAAAGAAUGCUAAUGAAGGCAAGCCUGCAGACAUCGUCAUCGAGCAGAACAACGUUGCCGGGUUUCCGGAGACUCUCGAGCUAGCUGGGGAGGUGGUUGUGCAGUCUGAGCCGGCCCCAGAAACCAGCGAGCCGUCAGCAUCACCAGCUGCAGGGGACAAGGAGGAAGAAGACUACCAGCCAGAGCAGGAAGACAGCUCCGAAGGUGAGGAGGACGAGAAGGAUGCAUCGGACGAAGACUACAGCGGCAGUGACGACGACGAGGAGUUUGCCCCCUCAAAGGCCAAGGUCUCACGGUCUCGCAAAGAACCUGUGACGAAGAAGCUUCCAGCCGCUCCUAAGGAACGAGCCUCUACCGCAAGAGCAGGGGCCAGGAAAACUGCCGCUGCACUGGCCGCACCACCACAGGCGACUACGAAGAACACUUCGACGACACGUAACAAGGCACAAGCGUCAAGUGCACUGGCCAGCUUGGCGACAGCAGCCCCACCUGUAGCGAGGACAGCAUCUCGCCUUACUUCGGCGCCAAAGCCCACACCGUGCGUGGAUUCACGCCCUCUACCGCAGCGAGCUGCUCCUGCAGGUGGCGUGCCCAUGACUGUGCCCAAGUUCUCGAGCGACCAUUUGCCAGCGUCGGGGAUUCGGCUUGGCUUGUCUCGUCGCUCAGUGAGCAAGCCACUUCACAGUUUCGUCAAAGUGCAGCAGUGAGCUUGUGAAAAAUGACUUGCAGCAGCUGUGCGUCGAUGGGAUGGUCUCAGUGACUGUUCUAGAGAUUACUGGCGAAAUUUCAAAUUGCUGGUGGACUGUAAUGUGUGUCUUUAGGUAUAAUGGAGUGUGGGCUGUUUUGGAUGCUUUAUAGCAUCUUUUAGGCGGCACUUUUAGGCUCGAACUGCCAUUUUUGUGAACAGGCUUCAGGUCAAAGCUCUUUGAUUUUACUGAGUGCAGCGCCACAUUGCUUUUCGUCUGAAUCAAAUAUUGUGCAUCAAUAACAUUCUUCAGUCACUGUGUUUCUCAAGUAAAUCUUUACUGCAGGAAUUGCCAUCUGGUACAGAGAAAAUACUUAUUUACAAUACGUUUGCGCAGGAACUGUUCUCGAUUGACUUUGAGGAGCGGUGACUAGUUCAUUCAGAGGAUAGCACUGCCAUCUGUGACGUGCAGUGCCUAGCAAAAAUGCAUUCAGGAAUAUGGGGGUAAAUGUUUUUAUGUUUUAGUGACUUGUCAGAGGAUGAAUUCUAGUGGCCAGUCUGGAAUGCAAUUGUGGGUUCACAGCACUGUCUCUCACUCCAUUGCCCAAGCAUGAGUACCGCGAAAAAUUCAAGCGCUCUGUGCUUAAAGCUACUAUUGCACUCCAUUUAACACAUCAGCUCAGCACUGCAGAAGCUAUGCAAGUUAGAAGUGUGGCAGCUUGGGCUAGUUGGUAUGACAUGACGAUAGUUAUAGCGCGAGAACAGAGCGAAGACAAAGAGACAAAAAGGAGAACGACGUGUGUUUCUUGUCUCUUUGUCGUCGUUCUGUUCUCGCACUAAAACUAUCGGCUAUGCAAGAGGUUUGGCCAGCAAGAUUUGUAAUAUCAAGGCUUGUGCCAAUAUUCGGAUGCUUUGAAUAUUUGAACAAAUAGUACAGUAGUAUUCUAAUUUGCUUCGGUUCGAAUUCAAAUUCUUGAAAAUUUCAAAGUAUUUCAAAAUAUACUAGUCCACAUGUAAUUCCUGCAAAGGUUGUUUCACUGCAGUGGGCGCGUUCUGAGCCGUGAAAGCACUUAUUAAAAUUUACAUUAGUCCGCAUGUGGCUCUUUGUAAAAGUAGUUUCACUGCAGUGGAGGAAAGCUAAACCAUGAAAAUGCCUGUAAAAAUAAAUUCUUGAGUCGCGAAAUCUUACCUAAAAGUUAAACAAACAUAUUACCCUUACAUCGAUUCACCAUGCCCAUCAAAUCAGUUUAAAAGCUUGUUCUACUGGCUUAUAUACUCUAAGCACAGUAACUUUUACGACUUAGCAUAUUUUAUAAAGGUCACCACUUGCAUUCUACCUAAAGUGAAAUCCUGCUACUAUUAAAGUUGUUUACACUUUUUUUGAGCCAAAAAGAGUGGCAUACACACAGGCCUUGUUUCAUUAUUUAAAAUGUAUUUUGGAAGUUAUAUAUUGUACCUUAGUUUGGUAAUGACAGAUACGCUCGUUAUUUUUAUAUGUGGUAUAUACUAUUCGAAUUUGAUGUGAAAUUAUUCAAACCAAAUCGCUAUACACUUUGAAUUUGUUUCGAACCGAAACUUCACAAUUUGCACGAGCUUUAUGAAUACGUGCAUCUCGCGCUUGGCUUUCGUUGUUGAUAAACGCUUGUGCCAGCCAAGCACCAGCCCGUGCGCACAAUGCAUUGCAAUGGGUCGGAAAGCAAAUGCCAGAAAAUGAAAGAAUAUGCUAAGCAAUACAGAACGACGUCCUGACAGUCGUGUAACGGGUUUUGUUUACUUCCGGGGCACAAAGGGUAUGCAUUCAUUACUCAGUCUAGAGACGAAAAUAAAUGAUGUUACUGGUAGUAAAACCAUUGGACUAUUUCUGCAUCUACUGCAAGAAGUCUCACCUGUCUCCUCAAUGUUGUAUGUCUUGUAUGGAAUGGAGUUUAGGAAACGUAAUUACAAUGCCGAUGUUUCCGUGUGUCUUGUUUGGCAUUGAUGUCGGUCAGCUUUACGUAAGUUAUUUCUUGUCUGUAUGCCAUUCCCAUCUGUUUCCCUCCUUUUUUUGCAUAUUAGACGUGUUAAGCUCUCAUAUUAAAGUACAAGUAAUGUUU